UAUAAAAUAGGUAAAAUCAGGUACUUUUAAACCGAAAAACCUAUUGGGACCCGAACCCGAAAGUAUAUUGGGUUGUACCGGUUCUUUGAAGAUUUACUAACCCCGAUCCGAACCCGAUAGAACCCGAACCGGUCCCGAACCGAACUUUCAUAUAAUCCGAAUGGGGCUGAUUUUGAUAAACCCGAAAAACCAAAACCCGAUUGGAUAAAACCGAAACCCAAUUGGGACUCCGAAUGCCCAAGCCUAAUUUGCAUCUAGGUUGAAAGGUUUCUUAUAAAAUAAUACUAGAGCUUGAUCUGCAUGCUUAUGCGGAUACUUAUUUUUAUUUUAUAUACGCAAAAUUAUUCAAAUGUUUAUUAGUUAAUAUUUUAAAUAUUUAUCAUAUUUUAAAAUGUUCAUAAACAUAAUAACUAAAUAGUAAAAAAAUAUUGACUGUGCGCCAAAAUAAAUCUUCGACAAAUAUUGAUCCAUUGAUAUGUUUGAGUUAUAUUUCUUUUAAUACGAAAUCGUUUCCCAGAUGUAAUAAUAUCUUAAAUAUUUUUAAUAGAUAUAGACUAUAUGACGAGAUUUAGAUACAUAAAAGUAAGUAUUCAGUUAUAAACAUUAAAUAUUAUUCUACAAGUAAUUCAAUGAUAUUUAAAACUUAGUAUAGAUAGAUUUUAUUGUUGUGAAUAAUUAAUAGUAACAGAAAUGAUUAAAAAUAUAUAUUAGAAAUAUUUGAAAUAGAUAUUUUAGGUGAGAUUUAGAAAUAUUAAAAAUGAAUAUUCGGUUAUAAAAAUCCAGAUUAGUCUACAAGUAAUUCAAAAAUAAAUCAUAGCAUAUAUAGAUUUUAUUGUUGAAUGGUUAAGCAUAUAUUUAGGAAUAUUCGAAAUACAUAUAGUUUAGGCUUUACAAGCUAAAUGUGAAUGGAUUAUAUGAUACUUCAGAAAUAUUACAUAAUAUUAUUUUACCAAAAUAAAUUAUAUAAUAUUUUUAAAAAUCAUUUUUUAAACUUGAAUUUUCCUAAAAUUUAGCUAAAUAAGUUUAGGAAAUAUGUUGAAAACAAAAAAAUUAGCUAAACUUUUUUAGAAAAUUAUUUGAUAAAAUAGAAAAAUACAAUGAUUACUUAAAAUUAAGGUUAUUUAAUACUUCAGUAGCAUUGACUUAUAAAUAAGUUGUAAAUUUUAGGAUGAAUUUAUAUUUGUAUUUCUAUUUUAAUAAUAUAGAUGUCUUUAUUUUAGUUAGAUCUUUUGGAUAUAGAAAAUUAGAUUAGUUCAAUUACUGUUUUUAAGAGUAUAUCGAGUUAUAUAUAUUCUUUUAAAUUUAAAUUGAAGUUUAAAUAUUUUUUAUUUUAACUAAACCACGUAUAAAUAUUUUUUUAUUUUAACUAAACCAAAUCAAAUUAGUUUUAUCUAACACGUUAAGCUCUUUAUUUAGAUGUGUUAGUACAUUUCAUAAUAUUUUUAAUAAUUUGAAAUAUGUUGCUUUUUAAAAAAAAAUAUUAGAGAAAUAAAGUGAUGAUUAGUAGAAACUUGCAUAGAUGAACAUAAGUACAUAACUAAUAAAUUCUUGAAAGCUUUUGAACGCAUGUAGAUAUUUACAACAAUUAAAUAUUUUAUAACUGUAUAUAAUUUAAUUUCGAUGACUUUAUUUAAUAUAUAUAUAUAUAUAUAUAUAGUGCAGAAUAAUUUAAUUUUAUCCUUUUCAUGUAUUUCGGUGGUAACAGAGAUUAUGAAAAUACUGAUAAAAGAUGUAGAGAAUAAAUAUGAUCGCUAUAGUGAAUAAAUAGUGAAAUCUCAAUUUCUAUACUAUUUUGUAUUGGUUUGGAUCGAUGUUUCAAAGCACAAGUUUUUUCGAAUGCUGCAGUUGAAGCCAUGAAAAUAAACAUAUUGCAUGAUUAUUCUAAGAAAAUUAUAUAAAAUAAUGUGUCAGUAUAUUUUUCUUUUUCUUUUCUCAUUUAAACAUAUAUAUAGUGAGUGAUAUUUAUGUGAUGGGGAUCCACUCAAGCUGGAAAACAACUGUAGUGAAGUCUCCAAAGCAAAAGAUCUUCAUGAGACUCUCUAUGUCUUAAAUACCUCAUCUCUCUCUCUCUCUCUCUCUCUCUCUCCAGAAAAAACUCAGCAACUACCACUUUCAGAGAUCACAAUUUACUGUCUUAAAAUGAAGAAGAGAGACUAAUUAUAUGGCAGCGUUUGCAUUCUCUUAAUUAAUCCAAUCUUCCACAUCAUUUACUCUCAAUCUCUCCAAGCAAAGAAAACAUUCCGACUCUUUCUUGGAUCUCUUUUGGGUAUGUUGUGUGUGUGAUGUGGAUUAUCACUUGGGAAGGAAAUGGCAGGAUUCUUCUAUCUAGGAGGGAGAGACAACAUCAACAACAAGCAAGAUCAUCAUCAUGUAGACAAAGACCAUCAUCAACAAGACAAGAGCAAUUAUCUUUAUCUUUACAAAGACGAGAUCUAUAACACCAACAAGGGUUUCGAGAUUUGGCCUCCACAAUACUUCCAACAACAACAAGAACAACAACAGCAUCAUGUCACAGCUUCUACAAACUUAUACUCCUUUGGAAUGGUCCCAAGCAGCAGCAACAACAACAACAAUAACCGGAGCCGAAGCUUAUACUUCAACGUCGUCUCCGAUCAUGAGCCCGGAGGAUUCUCGGUGACAAGGCUAGGAGGUAUGAAUUGUCAAGAUUGUGGGAAUCAAGCUAAGAAAGAUUGUCCUCAUUUGAGAUGUAGAACGUGUUGUAAAAGCCGAGGCUUUCACUGUCAGACUCACGUUAAGAGCACUUGGGUUCCUGCUGCUAAACGCCGUGAGCGUUUAGCUCAACACGCUUCCUUGCAGCACCAUUCAGCCACCAGCCGUGAAACGCAAAACGCAAAAGCAAAACGCCUACGAGAAGCAAAUGGUGGUGAUAAUGAUGAUAAAGACCGUAGUGGUGGUAGUGGAUCGGCUCUUGCUACCCGUUUGGUGAAUGCUAAUUCCAAUUCAGGGUUUGGGGAGAGUCAAAACUUACCACCGGAAGUCAGUUCACCGGCGAUUUUUCGAUGCGUUCGAGUGAGCUCCAUGGAGAAUGAUGAAGAUGAACAAGAAUAUGCUUAUCAAACGGCUGUGAACAUAGGAGGACAUGUCUUCAAAGGCAUUCUUUAUGACCAAGGACUAGAUCAAGAUCACCAUCACCAACUUGACCUCCUUGCCUCCACUGCCACAACCACCAAUGCCGAAGAGAUAGCUGCUAAAACGGCGGUUACUGUCGCGGCAAACACUAACAAUGGAUUAAUGAUCGAUCCUUCGUCGCUUUAUCCUUAUCAGCUGAACUCCUUCAUCGCUGGUACGCCAUUCUUCACACCUCCGAGGUCUUGAGGAUUAGAUUCAGACUCAGUUAUGAAUAUUACUUCAUCUUUACAACGUUAUAGUAAUAAGAUGUCUUUCUUUGUUGUUGUACUCAACUUUAUCUUUUUGAAAUUUCGUGCAAUUUGAUCAAACUCCCUUAGUUAUAGGUUGCUACUUAUAAAGGUGAUGAUUAAGAUGCACAUCGUACGCGUGAUCCGUAUUUUAUAAUAACAUCAAUGAGAUUUGUAUUAUUGUUCCACCUCUAAAGUUUGAUCUUUUAAUUUAUGUUUCGAUUAUUUCACUUUUCUCAGUUUCCUCUUGUGGUUAUUCGUUAGAAUUUUU